AUGAUAUUUGGUACCAACGUUCCGUCAUUUUUUUAUGGAGCUUCGACUAAUAGUGAUUGCUAUCAAGAAACCGGUGGAGUUGAAUCUACACUCCAUUGGUAUCAUGUAGGAAUAGCUUCAACGUUUAUAAUAAUCAACGGCAUAAUCUCUAUAUGGCUUGGUUUGCAUUUAGAAGCAUCUUUAUUUGUCAGCUCGGUUCGAUGUGUUGUACAGUUGACCUUAAUGGGUUUAGUUCUUGAAGAUGUUUUCAAGGCAGAUAAUCCUUUUAUUGUUCUAGCAAUGAUAUUUAUUCUUGUUUUUCUCGGCGCCAAUGAGAUCGUACUUAGCAAGAGCAAGAGGAGGCAUUCCGGAAUGUUCAUAUCAGUCCUUCUUUCACUGGGACUAAGUACUUUGGUAAUUGGUAUCAUUGGGUCGAGAUACGCUUUGGAUCAAAAAGAAUUUUGGAAUCCACGAAUAUUCAUACCAACAAUGGGUAUGCUUCUUGGGAAUGGUAUGUCUGCAAUAGCUGUUGGUACUUCUUAUGCUCUUAAUCAAUUCAGUGAACAAAAAGAAAAGUUAGAACUGUACUUGUCAUUUGGUGCUUCUCGGUGGGAAGCUGGUCGUCCAGUUGCAGUCGAGGCGAUAAGAUUAGCCAUGUUGCCUACAAUCAAUUCAAUGAGUAUUAUCGGUUUGAUUUCCAUUCCAGGUAUGAUGACUGGUCAAAUUAUUAGUGGUGCACCUAUAAUGGUUGCCGUUAGGUAUCAACAGAUUAUCAUGUUCAUGAUAUCUGCGUCUACAGCAUUAGGCGUAUUAGCCUCAAUAAUUGUAAGUGAAUCACAUUCUCAUCGAUUAAGAACUGAUAGAAUAUCAAGUUCGAAACCCUGGAUCUUUGCCAUGAAAGAUGAAUUAUUAAAUAUUCUUAGGCGCGGUAUGUUUUGUCUUUGGAAAAAACCUAAAAAAGAUAAUUUAGAAGAAGAAUCAUUAGGAUUAUUAAGCAGUAGAGUAGAAACUUAA